UUCACUCGGUUAAAAAUAAAAUGCCAUUUCACGCGAAAUCGGCAUAACGAGACAUGUGGAGUGGUGCGUAAUUACUGGCGAAAGAAAGCAAAGUGUCGUAUCGCCAUUAUAGCGAGUUCUCCAAUCGAUUCUCUUUAUCAUAUCGUCACGUCGCGUAACGAAACGCGUCAGCUACUAGAAGGGGUGCGUGAAGUUUUCAUAGCUUUUCUUGGCAGGAUCGUAUUUGCCCCACUGCAGUGUUUACUAGCUCACGGUUUUCCGGUGGUUCCUUGCUAAAACGCAUCUUCCCAUCAUCGUAGCAACCGAAGAUCGAAAACGUUCGACAGUUCGUUUUGACAGACGGCUGGAGUGCCCAAGUGUUAUACGUGAAUGCUGACGAGCGAAAGAAAUACGAGAGUGAAAAGGCUGAAAAGUGCUGUGCUGUAAACGUAAAGUGCGUGCGUGUGUCGAGACUGGGACUUUUUUCCUGUGUGUGUUUCUCUCUCGCUGGCAACAGGAAUAAAAACAAUUUAUUAAUCGUUAAACAGACCCGCGAGCAGUAGUGUGGACCAACCGCAACGUGAAGGGGAAGUAGCAACAGUGUUGUGUAGUUACUAGAGCAGCCGGAGCAACAACAGUACCAAUCAAUCCUCAGCAAAGCAGCGAUGGCGUGUGCAACGUUAAAACGUUCGCUCGACUGGGAAAGCCUAAAUCAGCGGCCGACGAAACGGCGAAGAUGUCAUCCGUUUGGCAGCCCCAACCAGAGCCCGUCCGCUUCCUCCUCCCCGUCGGCCUCAUCUUCCACAUCCGUUGCGGCGGCCGCCGCAGCCGCAUCGAUGCGAGUCAUGGAACCCAAACCGUCGCCUUUUGCAGAAGCCACCUGUUCCAAGCUAACACCAGAAAAAAUGGCACAAAAUAUCACCGAGGAAAUCAAAAGACUGCACCGCAGGAAACAACUGACCUUCAACAGCCACAAUGUCGAGCGCAUGCAGGAUUCCGAAUCGAGCGGCUCAGAAAUGGGCCCGGACAGUCCCCGCCGACCAGACAGUCCACCAAGCAUGGUGAAAAAUCCGGAGAAAGCCCUGUUUACCUUCAAGCAGGUACAAAUGAUCUGUGAACGUAUGUUGAAAGAGCGAGAGGAUGCCUUGAGAGAACAAUACGAUGCAGUGCUGACAACAAAACUAGCCGAACAAUAUGAUGCAUUUGUGAAGUUCACAUAUGACCAAAUACAGAGACGUUACGAAGCAGCGCCAAGUUACCUCUCCUAAUCAGGGAUCUUUGGAAAAUUUAAAAUACGCAAAGCUUAACAUCAACAGCUGAAUCGGAAGAAACAUUGAUACUAAAUCAUGAAUAAUAAAUAGAUACACAGUUAAACACACCCAUCAGCGCAAUGCAAGCGAGCAGGUCAUGUGGUUCUAGCUUAAGGUGGCAGCAGCAGCAGCAGCAGCAGCAGCAGCAACAGCUACAGCUCUUCUACAUCUGGCCAUCAACAUACCCCAUCAAGGAGCAACUGCAUCGUCAACGAUAUACACAGCCAAAAAUGCAUCCAAUCACUAUGAAACGCAAGUUAGAUAUCGUUCUAAAUGGUUCACUACACAACACACUGCAACUGCAACGAGAGAUGCCACCAGACAGGACACAACAAAAGAUCCUAUUUUGCACGAGGGACAUCCAAUGGUUAAUCGAACCUUUGCCCCAUUUAUCUCAUAUUGUACGCUAGCGGGAAUUUCCUUACCUUCCCAUACGUUUAUUUUUUAAGUUCAGAUUUUUUUUUGCAUAGAUACGUUUUGUUUAUUUCUUGGCUCUUCACUGUAAUGAGGAAGAGCGUAUCCAAUGAAUGAUAGUGUCAGAAUGAGCAGCACUCUGCAUUAAGCUCUUAAAAUUGGCUACCAUUGAUAGUCUUCUAAAUUAAAUUGCUACUCAGAGGACAAUUUGCAAUAUUUUUUUUUGCAUCAAUAGUAUAAUUGCGUUGUUUAUGAAAUGGAUUACACUUGUAAUUGUUGACUUUUUUCUUCUACAGUGUCCGGCAGUUUCACAUUUUAUUAGCCCUUGAAAGUAAGCAGCAUUGAUUCCUAGAACCUUCUUUCUGUUUUUCAUGAUUUGUUGGCAUACACAACCUUAGGCACUAAGUUAGUUCAAAUUUUGGGUUUUUUUUUGUUUUUCCCUCCAUUUUGUUUGUUUGUUUGUUUGCAAACAUUUGUUAUACACCUUAGAGCAAAGCGUGCGCGCACGACACGAUGAAAGCAUUCUCAGUAAUUUAUUAAGACACAAUUACCCUACCAUCGUUGAAUAUGGCGACCCUGUGUCUACUACAAUCAGCUUAAAAAAUGCCUUCCUUCAUACUGUUCAUUCUUACGAGACUUGGUUCCCCAUAGUGAGUAAAAAACGCAGAAAAUUUCUUAUUAUAAUAUUUAGCACAUAAGUGUGCGUUUCGCUACUUUGUUGGUCGACGUGCUUUCCUCCAGCGCGCAGGGAUUGAUUUGAAAAGCUUCGGGACUGUGUCCGAUUCCAUCAUUGGGGGAAUGCUUUUUUUGUAGGUAGUCGAAGUGUUUGAAGCGUAAAUUGCCCGUACUGUUUGUUUAGUUCGAAUGGAAAUUCCUCUGUACACAGAAUUAAUUUGUCGGUAAAGUUUUUCGUAAAUUAAGUGUUUGUUAAUAUACAGAUGCUGGAUGAUUUGGUAAAGGCAUACAGAUGGUAACAAUAUCUUGAUUAUUCUAAACACAAAAAGGCACAAUCUAUAUUUGUUAGGUAGAAAUUGGGCAAAAUACAAUGGUUCGUUUUGUUUCUGGUUUUCGGUGGUCCCUUUUGAAAACAAUUUUCCUAACGAAUGCAGUUAAGAGAGUUAGGUGUAAGCGAGAGAUGCGAAAACUACUGCUAUUGUAUAACGACCGGGAGAAUAAUGUGUAAUUGGUGAAGAAAAUGACACAAAAAGUAAGCGUAAUUAAGGGUAACUGUAGCUCUAAAUGCAUAAGCAGAGAGGGAAAGGAGGGAACUCCACAAAAUAGUAACACUAAGCUUGAGAGAGGGAGAUAAAGAAACAAAACACAACGUUAACUGAUAAGUCGUUUAUAUACACGAAUAUAUGUUUUGUAUGAAAAAGAGAUGAAAAAAAAACUAACGUACAGACUAGUGAAGGAAACAAUGGAAGAUAAUAGGUAUAGGAAGUGCGCGUAUUACAUAAUAGCAAAAAUAGGACUACGGAUCUUGAAAAUGCGGAAACAAAGGAUUAAUUGUACGAAACAUUGAGCUAAACUCUAAACCCAGAGAUGAAAGCAAAAGCAUUAAGCUUUGAGGAAAAACCAAUUGAAAUCUAUGCAAACGUCAAAAACAGAAAGCAAAACUGUAGUACCGCAACACAGCAGUAGCAGCAGCAGCAGCGUUUGAUAUACUACUUCCUACUAUUGCAAACUACUAAUUACUAAUUACUACUACUACUACUGCUACUACUAUUGCCUAGGAUGAGAUGGACGGUAUACAACAUCUGUUGGAGUGCAUUAUUUGCCUUUACAGCGUGAUGCGAACGAUUUUUUUUUUCAUUUCUUGGAAAGUAAGUGAGUAAAUACGCGUCUGCUGCUGCGCGCAUACAUUAUAAGGAAGCUGGUUCCGCGUUUUUCUUAUCGUGUACCUAUUGUUUUCCUAGUGGAACGACAUCAACGUGUAUUCGAAUUGGCAUACAUCUGUCACGUGCAAUGAGGAGUUCAUUUGGCUUAUGUUUCUUGAUCGGUACUGCUCGAAAAGGUAGAGCAUGUAAGCGGUUUUGUAGAAAUAGGUUCGGAAACAAUAAUAAAAACAAGCAACCACACACCUACACCCAUCUGCAAACACAUGGUAGCACCUACCCCCUCAACCAAUCAAUAGUAAACAGAACAGAGGAGGGAAACUGCAACCGGAAUAGUGUAUCAACAUAAAACACCAGUAUACAAAACUAACAACAGGAACAUAAUAGGCAUAUGAAACUAUAUGAAAAUAGCAUAUACAGUGGAAAUUUAGAUUGUGCUACUCUACCAGGGUUAUAAAAUAGAAUCGUUUAAAAGGAGGGGCUAUAGUGUGCCCGGUUUGCAAAAGAGAGAAAAAAAGGAUGAUAUCAAAGAUGUAGCAUAACAAAGACGUAAUAAGCUCUUAGUGCUCUAGUGUUGCCAUAAUUAGUAGUAUGUACAGCCAAGUGUCUCCGUUCUCGACCACUGCUUUUCCUCGUACGUUUCAUACCUUUUUACGCACCCUCACAAAUAGCUACACGGCUACAACGACGGUGGUGGUGGGUGGUGGUAGUAAUGAGGUGAUAGGUGAUAGAGAGGUGGUCUUAGCUUUCGGUUUGUAAGCCCUCUCCCGUCCCAGCCGGACUUAAAUUCUGGAAGGUUUCGAGACGAUCAUUUAUAUUAUUUAUCAGAAGCAAUGCGAGAUGGUUCUGAGGGGUUCACUCAUAUAUCCAUUCGCCCAACAAACAACGAUCUCCUCAGUCGGUGAUGCAUGGUUCUGCAUAUGCAAUGUACAACACACUGUUCGUGUGCCUGUGUGAGCAUAUGUGUUGCACAAGUAAUAAACCAUUAAUUUUUCGGUCGUGUUACAUCGCCACACAAACGCUCAUAUUCGAAAUUUAGGAAAGGUUUAGGAAGGUCAAAUCUUGUUACUAAUUGCAAUAGCUUAAAGGAAUAGAAAGCGGUCGACAGCAGCGCUGAAAAAGGAUCCCCCCUCCCCCCCUUCCAGAACUCUAAUAUCCAAUCACUAUCAUACUCUCUUUGGCAAAUAUAGUAGAACAAGCGAUUAAUGUUAUGAUUUACAGUGGGGUGAUUAAGCAAACGCGAAAAGAGGGUGGCUAUAAAGAGAGUGCAAGGAGACAAAACAACCAUCUGAAAAAAACGCAAACAAUAAAAACGGAAUAAAGGAAAAGAAAAACACAAUGCUGAUGAAAUCGAAGCGAUUAACUAGACUGUAAGCAAAGCGCACUAUCGUACGUAUAUAUCUUGUAAGGAUACAGAUAGGGCCACCAUCGGGAACCGGGAGUUGAAAAAAAAGAAUGGUUUAAAGGCAAUUGAUGGAGGUAACAAAAAACAAGAAACAAGAUUGCAAGACAUUUGCUAAACCAGCGAAUAGUAGCGUAAUAAGCAGCGAUUACAAUUUAAGCUAACUAACAGAAGAAAAACGAAACACACACCAUAAAGCAAAUAAAACAAACAUGAAACAAACACGCUCUUUUCAACAAAGGGGGUGAGCGCAAUGAAGCGA